AUUCAUUGAAGCAAAAUUGCCGAUAUACAACAAUCAGGAAACGGAUCUCUUUGAAGUAAUCCCAAUACCACUGUGGACAAACGGAACAAAGCUUAUUCCGAAAUUGAAUUCUAAAUAUUUUGCGUUCAAUACAGACAUAAACGCUUAUCACCUAAUGUCUGAAAUGGAAAUUAACCAAUGCAGACAAGAGGAUUCGACAACAUGGCUUUGCGAAAAUAAUUGGGCAUGGAAAAACGCGGAUGAUCACUCUUGCGAAAUAUCUCCAUUGAAACCAAGCAAGGCACACUCAUGCGAAAUGAUGGAAUUCCAAGGCAAUUCGUUCAUCAAAGAGAUAAGUGGAUCCAACCGUUGGCUAUUUAGACUGUUUCGGAAUACAACAGCUUAUAUAAGAUGCAACGAACAGCAUCAAGUUAUAAGACUGCCCAAUCAAGGCAUUAUACAACUACCUGCAGGAUGCACAGCAAUAUUAGGGGAUACAACAAUAAUUACUCCUCAAAAAGUAAUUUCGACAGCGUCUGAAAUGUCUAUCUUUCCCAGUUUACGAAUUAUAGAUGACAAGGAGACAUGGAACGUGGUCCCGCUGAAGCACUUGAUUGUUAACAACACUAAUGAACUACAAAAUCUUCAAAUGCGCAUCAAGACUCUGAAAAAAACCAAAGUACACAUUGAUGACUUGAUUUUCCACACGGCAAGCGGACACUCGGCUCUAGCGUUGACAACGAUUAUCAUAAUUAUAAUGGUCAUUUAUAUCCGGAGGCAACGCAUAAAUGAGAGACAACUACUGGCCGUACACUUUUCCCCCCCGGAGAAUGUCUAAAGAUGUGUUUAGACAUGAUAAGUAGACAAACUAUAAAUAUGUUCUAUUUAUGGGCUGCAAUAAACAUGGCAGGGGACAACAUAAGUGGCAACCACAGAUAAGUACGA